AUGUCAAUUGGUUUACCCGUUAAAAUAUUAAGAGAAAGUGAAUCUCAUGUUGUUACUAUUGAAUUAAAAACUGGAGAUUAAUUUAGAGGUUACUUAGCUGAAUCAGAAGAUACUAUGAAUGUUAGAUUAGAUAAUGUUACAAUGAUUAAUAGAAAUGGCAAGCAAAGCUAAUUGUAGUCCGUUUACUUGAGAGGAGCUUAAAUUAGAUUUAUUGUUAUUCCUGACUUCUUUAAAAAUGCCCCUAUGUUCAAAAGAAUUAAAGCAUAAAGUAAAAAUAAAAAUAAAUCUGCAAUCAGAGAAAAGGCUAGAAAGAUAAGAGAUUAAGUUAUUGGAUAGAAGCAACAGAAAAAGUGA